AUGCUUGGUCUCGGUGUAUAUGAGAGCAGCAGCGAGGAUGAAGUAGAGCACAAAGAACCUUCGCCGAAUUCUCAGCGCAAAAAGGAAAUACCGCUUGCAACCUCGCAACCUAGUCAAAAUGAAGUUCAUAAUCCGGUCAAGGAGCUACCGACUGAGACGCCAUCCAAUGCUGCCACUGAUGUAGUUCCAAAUGGACCCGUCCUUGGCCCCGCAUCUAUGGACAUGGCGCCCCUCCCUGAAGAGAGGCAUUCGCCAAGCGGACGCUCAUCCCCCUUCUCAACUACGCGAGCACUCAUACAAGACCUUACUCUUCCCCCGGUUCCCAAUCUAGAGAUUCCACAAUCACCUCCUGGAUCUCCCAACCCAGCCGCGAAUGCGAAAUUCGAACAUUUCCUCUCGCUUAAAAAGCAAGGCGUUCACUUCAACUCGAAGCUUGCUAGUUCAUCAUCGCUCAAGAAUCCAAGCUUGCUGAUGAAGAUGAUGGAACAUGCUGGGAUUGACGAGCAAUCGCAAUAUGACACAUCGCUACCAGCCGAUUUAUGGACUACUUCUAAUCUACCUGACUGGGGAUUCAAAGAAGAGCUUUUGAGAACCCAGCAGAUACUUCGCAAAAAGACGGAAGAGCAAAAGGCAUCGGGCCAGCGAACUUCAGUCGGAUUUGUAUCUGGAUCAGCUUGA